UGUAGAAUUAAUGAAUGAAGCAUUGACUGCUGGUGCUGACCCAAACACAACUUCACCAAUAACUGGUUCUACAGCACUUAUGGAAGCUGCCAGGUAUAAUAGUGUGAACUGUGCGCCUAUAUUGGUAGAACAUGGAGCAGAUGUCAAUGCCAUUGGUUACCGAGGAAUGACAGCUUUGAUGAAUUGUAUGAUGCUAGAUCCGAAAGGCCGUACUGAAAUAGCUGCGUUAUUACUGGAUAAAGGCGCAGAUAUCACUAUAGAAGAUAAUGAUGGUCGUACUGCUAUAAUGCAUGCUGCUUAUGAAGAUAAUGUUGGAUACAUCCGUAUGACUAUUGACAAAAUCACUGACAUAAAUGAUGUUGACCAUAAAGGUCUAACUGCCCUUAUGAUUGCUGCAGGGAAUGGCUGUAAAGAUCCUGUAUGUGAAUUGCUUAAGCAUGGUGCUUCGACCGAUGUGAAAGAUAAUGAAGGAUGGACAGCCCUUAUGCAUGCGGCAAGAUUACAUGGACACGAGUGUAUUGGUGUUCUGAUCAAACAUGGUGCGGAUGUGAAUGAAGAAGAUGAGGAAGGUUUCACACCAUUACUUCGCACCGCAGAGUCCAGCAACUGUGAGGAAAGUAUGUACAAUCUCAUUGACCAUGGUGCAGAUAUUGACAUUUCUGCAUUUGACAUUGCUGCUGAACACCAUAAUGACAUUUGCUUUAUUAUACUGCUGGCAUUUCAUGCUAUCGGCAAUUACUCAGAUCAGGAACAUAUCAGGACUUUGUUAGAGGAUCUAACAAAGGACAGAGGACAGAAAGUGGAUAGAGAAUCAUUAUUUUCAAUUAUGGAAGCAAAAAAGUUACCAAGUUUACAGAAAUAUGCCAGACAAUGUAUAUUUUCUGAAAUCAGAAAACCAGGUCAUAGCUAUACGGCCGCUAUUGAGGAUUUAAUUGACAAAAAUAAACUACCAGAAAACUUGAAAUCAUUCAUGACAUAUGAGGAUGACAUAUAUGAGGAAUUGAUGGAACCAUUUAAAGAUUUAAAGGAACGAUAUGAGUAGUAAUUAUUUCAUAAGCUACAAUGUUCUUCCAAGAAUCUCAAUUCUGGUCAAUAUAACAAUUUUAAUAAUUACAGCUAACUGAUUUAAAUUGGAUGUAGGCCAAAACGUCCUUUUUAGCACAUACAAUUAGCCUAUGUGACUAAGUGUCAGUCUGUUGGUCCAUAAGUCAAGCAAUUGAUCCAAUUGCGCACCACUCAGGGUUAUCUCAAAAUGUUCACAUUAAAUCAUAAUCAAUUUUGAUAGACCACAUGAAAUGCAUAUCUCCUAUAAAACCAAAACAUUGUGUGGGUAGAAGCUUAAUAAAAUACACAUGUUCCUAAGUAAGAGUAGUUUUCUUUGACAUAUUAUUUC